GAUAACCACAAUGAAGAACCAAAUGCCACAGGUACAACAAGUACAGACUCCCAUGUUACUGCUGACUCAAACCCACAUCCUACUACAGAUGCAUCACCUAGUGAAAUAACUCAAUCUGGUCUAUCUAUUGAUGAUUCAAACACACUAAAUAACAAGAACACAGAGCCCAACAGUACCACUGAUAAUGUGACAACUACAGAGAAUGAAUCAACAACUGGUGUCAAUACUGUGGGUGCAUCAGCAGAAGGGGACACCACAGCGAACACGACCUCUGUCACCCUUAAUACCACCAGUAACGAGGAAUCAGCCUCAACUACCACCACCACCAACACAAUUCCUCCUAUAUAUGGAAUCAGCAAUAACACCAUUAUGCCAAAUGUGAAGGGUGAUGCAGACAGCAGCAGCAGUAUCAGCAGUUCUGUGUGGGUGCGUGUACCACUACUGAUUGUGGUUACACUGGCC